CCAAGAUGAAGGAAAAUAAUUCGAAGAAGCCUGCAACUUCCGGCUGGAAAUUUGUUCUUAUUUCGGUCUUUUUUGCAGUUCUGGCGGUGGUUGUUGAUCGAGUGGUGAUUACUCCAGUUUUGCUUAACAGAUCACUUCUUGGAAAAAACAGGGAGACAGCGCGAUACUUUGAAAAUGGCGUUGUAGACGAAGAGGUACUGAGUUUGUUUGUAACGUAUGAUCAGAAUUUGGAUGGCGUGCUGGAUUUGUCAGAGUUUGUUCAAGUUGCAAACAGAAUUUUGGAUCGAAAGGUACACAUCUGACAGUUAAUUAUUAAUAGUUUUUAUUAGACUAAUUAGAAGCGUUUGUGUGUGCCACCGUGCCUUAACAGAGUACAAAAUUACAGUAUAUUAAGUUUAUUAGAUUUCAUGUCAAUCAAACUUAUUGAUAGGCCAGGAGAGCUAAUAAACAUUUGGAUGCAAUAGAUCAUUUCGGGGUUCCAAAAAUCCUCACUUUUAAAUUAUAGCUGUGUGUUCACAUUUAGCCUUGCUUUCAAACAGAAGCAUGGAGCAACUCAGAAACGGCCUUUUUUCGGUGGAUCGAUCGGAGUUGCACCUUUUUCUCGGCAAUAGAAUGGAAAAGAUUGAGCUGUUUCAUUUGAUGUGAAGUUUUGGAUGUCCAGCACUUACAGCUCAAAAUGAUUUAAAAAGCUUCAAUCAGGAUAAAACAUAAUAGUAUUGACAAUUAAAACUUAAAUCUUUCUCCCCUGGGGUCCUACAGUUGUGUUGCAAUUUUCAAAUAAGUCUUUUGGCAGUGGAGACAAGAAUAAAACAGCUCUUACAGUCAUAAACGUAAAAUUAAUGGUUAAGACUCAAAUUUUUACAGCAGUGUUUUAACAUUAUUUUUCUUCUGUAAUCACACUGUAUUCUUCUGCACAAAUUUAAGGUAGUGGAUGGUCCUGGUAAACCUGUGGAUCCCAAUUCUGAUGUUUCUGAUCAUGAGCCAGAACUUCACGAUGGUAACGGGGAACAGCUCACACUUUUUUCUAACUUUACCCCCUUGGUACUCUCAACAAUGACCAAAUAUAGUACAUCAGAUGAAUCCUAUACUGUGAGUAUAAGUACAUGUACAUGUAUAGCCAGCAUAGCAGGCACUACGUAUUUAGGGUGCAGGAAGAAAUCUGGAGGACACGAGAGGGGAGAAACGGAGAGGAUGCUCCACUCCCCUUCGUUUGUUCCUCUCCUGCGGCCUGUAAAAAAAAAAUAAAUAAAUAACCAGCACCUGCUAUGCUGGCUAGUACAUGUAUGACUCUGUGGCUUUGUUAAAGUGCUACUGAAGCCAAAAAUAAUCUAGUGAAAAAUAGCAAUAAAUUAUUAGUUCAAUAUCUAAUUGAAAAGGAAAAUAAGUUUUGACGCUAGGAAAACGUUGUUUUCGGCAUUUUUUUCCAACACAAACAUGGCCAAAUUGUGGCACAAAGGGCAACAAGCAGAUCCUUAAUUAAAUAUGCAUAUGACGUCACAUGGUUGACUCGUCGAGCACGGCGAAUUCACAUUUCCAGUCAGAUCACUGUGAUGGCGAAGCGUGGAAGUGGAGGCAAGACUUGUGCAGCCGGUGCUCCGGGUCAAAUAAGUUGUACGAACAACUCUUAUAGUCCUGGCAUUUCGAUGCACAUAUUCCCCAAAAAUGAGAAAGUUAGGGCUCAAUGGGUUAAUUUUGUGCGGACUCACAGGCCGGAUUGGGAGUCUGAGUGGGUGCUGAGGAGGUUUUAUGAGAUAUUUAUUGUCGUGCCUUGUCAAAACAUGCUUGCCUUGUGUUUUAAGCAGUUUUCAUACUUAAGUGGACAGUAAAUUUCCCUGUGUAUUUCGUGCUACGUAUCAUAAAUAAUUCUUUGGCUCUUAAUAUGGCUCCUUCUGUUCUUCUAGGCAGAGCUUUUAGUUGAAUGUUUGGUUGGUUAAUAUUAAUACAGAAAUUUUAAAAUACCAGAAGUACAAUGUUUUAUCAACUGAAGAUUUGACUACAGGCAUUUUAUUACUAUAUAGUUUCGUACUACACGAUGGCGUACCACUCUUCAGAUAAAAUAGCCUAAUGGUAGAUUACAACAAUACGCUGAUUAUAACUGAUUUAAACUAUACAUGCAACCUCUUAACUGUAGACAAUGGCUUUGUUUCUUUUAUAGGACAAUGAAAAUCAAUUGGAAGGCCUCAAGUCAUGGACAAGUGCCUCUGCUUCCAUGGCAACAUUUCCAGUGAAUAGAUUUGUAGCCUUUUUACCUCAUGGAACACAGUCACCAAACUUGGGGCAACCCUGGUUCAUUGUGGAGUCCAGGAUUGAUAAAAUGGGUAAGAUAAUAUAUAGCCUGAGAAAAUGACCAACAUUUCAUGAAACCACUGGUGGUUUUCCUGCAAAAUAACAUCUGCAAAACAGGUGCAGAAAUUCCAUACUGAUGGUGCAUACUAGCCAGAUCUGGGAAGAGCUUCUUAUUGGUGAGGAAUUUGCUUCAUCCAAUCAGAAGCACUACCCAGAUCUGGGUAAUGACACCUCAUCAGUAUGGAAUUUCUGCACUCAUUUCUCAGAUGUCAUUUCAUGAGGCAACCAUGAUAUGUCUGGUGUUUUCUCUCACUAAAGAUGAUACUGUAAUAUAGAGGAGUUGAAAAAGAAAUGGUAUUGGUCUUAAACUGAAUCCACCUUCAUCACACACUUCAUUUUGACAAUUAUGCAAUUAUUAUUUGUUUGGUCUUGUGUGUCGAAGCUCUAUUUUUCUGAAUAUUUAACAACUGAACAUGUUUCAAAACAAAAUUAGUGUAGCAAAUGGAGAUCGAAAAAUCAGUUUAAGUAAAUGGCAGAUAAGCCUUUUAUGAUGAGGUUGACAGAAUGCAAAUUUGGUGAACGAAUUGUCAUUUAGCAAUAUUCGAUAUAUGCACCCCAUAUUUAGUACCGAAUAUGACAUGUGACCAUCUUUUUAAAUUUUCUUUGUAUGCUUUUUGCUUUAGGUCCAGGUCUAACUAGUGAUCGAUAUUAUCCUCCUCUUAUAAAAGGCAGACUGGCGAUUAUCUACAGACUUCUUGCUAUGUUUCAUCCACGGCCAUUUCUUCUGACCAGAUUUGGCCCACAGGGAACUGUGGCUUGCAUUCGCGCAGAGAACAAAGAUUACUUGGACAUCGUUUUCAGGUCUUUGUCACCUUUCAUUUUGCACAUACUCCUUGCAAAUGGUAACUUUUAUGCUAAUCCCUGAUUUUUAUUUUUAGCCUUCUGGUAAUUUAUCACAGAACGCUGAAAACCAAAGUAAUAUUAAUAGUCCUUUCAUGCACUCCUCCAAGCAAAGGCACCAGCGCCAAGCUUGGGUUGACAAAGUACAGUUAUUUGUCUGCAAUUGUCCAACCAAGCCUGAACCCCAUUUAGUGGCGUUUGCUUACUUAACUGGAAUGUGGGAAUAGAUUUAGUGUCACAUGAAAGCCCUUCAAAAAAGGGUUUCAGCAAUGGAAUGUCAAGAAAACAACUUACAUAUAUAUCAACCUCGUUCCCAGGAUUCAGAGAGGCCUGGGAACGAGGUUGCAUGUCAAUUGCACUGAGGGAAACGAGGAGGUGGAUAUGCGUAGUUUGGAGGCAUUGCUGUGAUACUCUGGGGUUAGUUAUCACGAAAAUACAUACAUGUAAUAGUGGUAAACGACGUCAACUUGGGACUAAACCAAUCAGAGGAUGGUGCAUCUCAUUAAAAUUUGAAUAGACCAAUUAAAAGGGCGAUGGAAAGGUUACUUUAUGCUUUGAGGAACGUCAACUUUUCUUUUGUUUCAACGUUGGUAAAUGUAAAGCCAGUUGGCCACAAGUUUCUGUCUUUGUGGCCUUUAAAUACUCUACCUCAGUGGAUCAUAGCAGAUUGCCUUGCAAGCGAAGUGAAGGCAACAUUUUUACUCCUUGUCGUUGGGAUGGCCUCUUUGUGCGUUGUUUUUUAUCGUAUCUCUGUAGAUUAGACAAACUAAAACUGAUAUCGGAACUGGGUUUUCGACUAAAACUUUUUAAGAAACAAUUUGUCUGUCUGUUGUUUUCUGUUUGUUCAUUCAUAACAUUAGUUGAAAACAUGAUCGUGAGACACGGCGUCUAAUUUUAAGCUUAUCUUGCAUUUCAUUCCUCUUAUUAUACGCAUCACUUCUGCGAAGAUCUCAGCGAAUUUUAUACAAUUUUUACUUUCGGGUUCAGCAGCUAGUGAAUUUAAUUUUAAAAUAUGUUUCUAGUUAUUCUAGAUCAAUAGUAAGCUUAUAACGUGAUAUUUUUCAAGGUUAUUUGCGCUAAUGGUCACCCAAAAACUGUUUUUGAAGAAAUCGCUUCUCUUACGGUGAAUGUCAUGAGUAGUCGACUUUGUCUUGUUCGGAUGAAUUCAAUCCUAGUCAUUUGGGGAAUAAUAUUCCGUUUUUCGUCAAAUAUUACCUCGUAAAACAGUAAUUGCUCUUGUCAUGCAGUAAUUCCAUAUUAGGAAGUAAAUUUUGAUUGGUUCCGUGAAAAACCCCAGCAUUGGGACAGAGUUGUACGCUUCGCGGUUAUAUGCUUCUGAAAGAACUUAAGAGUCUAUUAACCAUAACUUCCGCAUUGUAGUAGUGCGCUGAAUUCCGUCGAUAUAUAUUCUUCAUCAAGUCAAUUUUUGGCAUUGCCUGAAUAACACCUGUACCCUCUGUAGAAAGGUAAGUAAUCAGUACUAGUUAGAGGGUUUUUUCAACUACAAAUUGUGAUCCGUGGGUUCAAAUUUUGUUUAGAUCCUGUUUAUUCAGUUUAGUAUGAUAGUCUCUUGGCCGCAUACGACCGGGCGCAAUCUUACUGCACGGUGAAGUAUGGUUGGGACAUUUAAAACAUAAGUAUCAGCGCAAAAACCAUAUCAUUUUUCAGUAUACCACAUCAUGGUUGUUAACGAACCGAUCUACAGACUGAAAAUAGUACCGAUCUUAAGAUCUCGGAGGUUUUUGGGACCAAUCUCAACGUCUCGCUUUUGUGUACUUCAUUCUGUUAAUUUUGAGCGAUGAGCUUUGCCGAAAAGUAUCGGAUUUUCAAACAAGUAUCUCAUCGUCACGGUAAGAGUUGGAUUUAAUCAUUCUACAUUCCUGUCUUCUAAGCCUGGCAGGCUUUGAGAAAACUGUUCACUAUGUCUUCAAACCGCAGCAAAGAAUACAUUUCGAGUUCUCAAACCUGUCACUAUGGAACGCCAAGCGUGACAAAAGUGUUGAAAAAUAAAAAAAUAGGUUGUGCCAUCGAGUGUUGAUGUACUGUGUUAUUAAUGGGUUGAGAAUUUCGUAUAUAUAGCUUACGGUAAGGUAAAUAAAGGUUGGAAAUAUUUGGCUAUAUUUGAAGCUCGAUAUGUUGCUACAACCGGAAAUAUACAGGUCCGAUAAUUAUCGAUUCGUUCACUCAUCCGAACAUCUUCGGAACGAGGCGGACGCGCUUGUCACGAUACCGUUUCGCUAUGUUACAAAAUAAUCAUGAUGUGGACGAAUAAACUCACUAACACAGCUGUCGCCGGCUACAACAUUAACCCCGCUCCGUUUUGGGAUCUAUCAGUGUCGUGUUGAUGUCUUGCAAAGUUAAUUUUCACGUAGACUAGCACGAUCAGCCUUGCAGAAUUCAAUGUGUUGUCGAACUGUUUUAUGAUGAAUUUAAAGUUACAAAAUGCUACACAAAGACAUUUUGUCUUUGUUGAGUUUACCUAUUGUACCAUAACAUCAAAAAAAACAUUUAGCCAAUUUCAUGUUCUACGUAAUUGACUCACAGAAAUUAAUAACUAAAAUUUUACAAAUCUUUCUAUAAAAAUCAUAAAAAUAUUUACAUUAAAUGAGUAAAAGAUAAUUACAAAUAAAGAUAUAGAUAUACUAAGAUAACUGAAACAACUGAAAUGAUUCCUUAUAUGAGACUGUUAUGCUCAUUUUGAAGCCUGGUGUAAAAAAAAAAAGAGUAGAGGACUCUUAUUUCACCGUUUGUAUUGUUACUCACCACCAGUAAACUCAUGAGUUUGAGAUCUUGUAAGUGUGGGUAACGAAAGUGAUUGGAAAGUGGACAUGAAUGUUUGACGGUGUUUAACAUAGUAUAAGAAACCAAGGCGAAGCAUUUUCAAAAUUUUAAAACAACACAGGGAUACUUUUCAGUUUGGAAGAAGAUUGAUUUUUACCUAUAGAUACGGAGCGAUUUCUUCCGAUAAUUGGAGAUAAAACUCGCGAAAGUGAUUGGAAUUGACGGGUUUGGCUAAAGACGAGUUUACGCAAUUUUGUCCGCUCUUGCUCAGAUGUCGAGAGCCAAAGAAGUUGUCAGCUCUUGACAAAUGCUUUUGGGGGUGCGGGUACGCUUGGAAUUGAGUGAGCAAUUAUGAUGACGAUGCAACGAUCUCUUACAAAAAUGAAAACCGUUCGUUUCCUCGGCCCCUCACGGCUUUGCCCCUCACUCGCGCGUUCACUUGCCACUCGAAAUGGAGAGGUUGCUCUCAGUCAAUAACAUUUAUCGGAAAUAGUACACUUUCGGUAUUCGGUGAGCAAGUUUACGUUAAUAUUUGACAUAUUUCCGAGGAAAAACUCUUCCACACCUCCUUUUUCACCCAUUUUAACCAACACUUAACAGAACAACAUUGCGGCACUCACACGUGCCUGACUCAAAAAAUCCGAGAGUACACCAAUGUUUUGGGCACUCUUGAACUGAUCUAAAGAGGAUCCUUUCUUUGUUAGUUCGCCAUAUUUAACAAUCUGCUCUGUACUUGGUUCUUUUAUGUGGAGUCUUAUGCUGAUCUUUCACAAGGACAGAAGUUUCCUGCCUGUGAAUGCGGUCGAUUACUUCGAGCUCGUUGUCUUUGCGGCUACUCUAUGAGAUAAUACCUGAGAUUCUGUCUAAAAAAUUGCCAAACUAGGGCCCUACCAUUACAAUGGAUUUUCAUCGAUGGUAUUUCGUAACAUGGCAUCGCUUUCACGCCGAACGGCCUCGUGACACGCGCGUCGGCCUAGUUUCGAAGAUUUUCGUGAACAAAUCGAUAAUCACAACCUGUAUACAGAAUUUGAGGCUCUAACAACAUAUCGAGUCACAAGUGACAUAGAUAUGGCCAAAAUCCCUACAUAUAUUGACCACACUGUAAGCUAUAUAGGCGGAAUUCUCAACGCAUUAAUCAGGGUUAAUAACACAGUACAGCACAUACUCAAAGAUACAACCUAUAUUCUUAUCGUAAAUACAUUCAAGUCGACCGAAAGUCACCUAGAAUAAGUUACGUGUGCAUAUCGAGGGACUUGACCACGCACGAGUUGACUUUUAAGUGAUUUGACCGUUCUUUUGCUCCAUGCUCUAGUUACCAAAAAACUUAAUAAUAAUCACGUAUUUCUUUUUUCAAUGUAAAGAGAAUGGAAAUACCCAAAGAUGACUCGGUCACGACUGUCGAAGAGUAUAGAAGAUUCUUUCGAUAUUCCUUGAUGCAAGCUUGUCAGGCACUGGGCCUUGAAUGUAAAAAAAAAUCGCGGCCGCAGGAAGCUAUUCAAUACUUUGAAACAUUUCUUUACGUCGCAAAACAGGUCGGGAGAAAAUGGGAAACCACAGCUCUUGGAAUGCUUGGAACAACUCUUUACGGUAUGGAACUAACCCAUAAGGCAGUGUCUCAUUUUGAAGCACUGGCUGAUAUUGCGAAACAGAAUGGUAAUAAAUAUGACGAGGCACAAGCUUAUCUUCACCUGGCUCGUUGUUACUGUCACUUUGGACAGCACGACAAGGCCAUACGUUACUGUAAGUGGUAUAUUAGCUAUUCAAAGUAUAAUCAGAAUGAAAACACGAAACGGUUGGAAGGACGUGCACACCUCACAAUUGGUUACAGUUGUUUUCAACUUGAACGCCUGGAAGAGGCUUUUGGUCAUUAUAAAGCAAGUCUAGACAUUGCAAAGGAGGUUGAUGAUAAGGAAUUAGAAGUGAAGGCGUACGUUGCCCUAGGCCAUUUUGAUUUAAAGCGUGGACACUACGAGGAUGCUUUGAAAUGUUAUCAAAAGGGCACUGCCAUUGCAAAGGAAAAUGGAGACACAGUGUCUGAGGUACUGGCCUCUCACUAUGUUGGCGAAUGCUUUUUCAGACUUUCUCAACACGAAAAGGCGGUUGAUCAUCUUCUAGCUCUUUGCAAAAUGGUAGAGCAGGCUGGAUACAACAUUGCAUCGGCGGAGGCCAACUGUAAGCUUGGACAAUGCUAUUUCUUCGGCCUUGGUCAAUAUGACAAAGCAGAACAUCACUUAAAGCGCGCUGUUCUGUUCUACCAAGAACUGUUUGAUGACGCACUGACGCAGGACUACUACAAAGUGUCAAGGUGUGAACACAGUAUUGGUGCCUACAGAUUGUUGAUUCUUGUUCUGUUGAUACAAAACAAAGCGGAAGAAGGUCUUUUAGUCGCGGAAGGAGGACGUUCAAGAGCUUUGGCUGAGCUGAUGACUACCAGUUAUUCUCUCAAAAAAUCUGAAGCUAACGACGACAGAGCCUUAAGUCUCUCCCAAAUCCGUGAAGUAGUGAAGCUUCUUGAUACAACUGUAAUAUUUUUUUCGUUACUGGAAAAUAACGACACCAGCAUUAUUUGGUCGUGGUCCAUAAAAUCGAAUGGACAGGUCACUCAUAUGCCUUGCGGCAUAGUUUCAGAGGAAACCACCUCUUGUGAAGCACAAGCCUCUCCGGCAACUCUUGCUGUUGAGGGAACCAAUUUAAUGUCAAUCCUCGCUGAAACUCGACAGUUACUGAUAAAAAAAGGCCGCGGCAGUAGGGAAUAUGAAGAUCGUUCCUUGUCUUUCCUUUACGCCGAAGAUUAUGUCACAUGUGCUAAUAACCGACUAAUUGAAGAUGAGGAAGAACAAGAGAAAUUACAAAGCUAUGAAGAGAAACGAAAAGAUGCGCUCAGAAGAUUGUAUCAGAUUCUCUGCCCCCGCCUUCAGGAACGCACAGGAGGCUCCCAUGUUGUUAUUGUAAGCGACGGUCCAGUUCAUCUCAUCCCAUUUGCUGCCUUGAUAGAUGAAAAUGGACACUACCUUGCAGAGUCCUUACAAGUGCGACAUGUUCCGUCUCUGGCAACUGCAAAGUUGAUAAUGGAGCACCGAGUAGAUUUGAAGGGUGGCAUAAGUCCCUUGAUAGUGGGAGAUCCGGCGAUACCGAAACGUCGGCUGCCUUGCGCCAAAGAGGAGGCAUUGAUGAUCGGCAAGCUGUUGGGUGUAGAGCCCCUCAUAGGAGAAAAUGCAACCAAGGAAAAGGUUCUUCAAGGUCUUGAAAAAGCGCAGUUGAUUCACAUCGCCGCACAUGGCGAUAUGGAGCGAGGAGAAAUCCUGCUAGCUUCAAAUCCCGGCAGCAAAGGAGAGAAAAAAGAUUACAUGCUGAUGUUGUCAGAUCUGGAGGGGAAGCCCUUGAGGGCAAGUCUGGUUGUACUCAGUUGCUGUCAUAGUGCUAAAGGCGAGGUGAAAGCAGAUGGAGUCAUCGGAAUUGCUCGUGCAUUCAUCGGAGCUGGCGCUCGUUCAGUUCUCGUGGCUCUCUGGGCGAUUAGUGAUGAAGGUACGCUUUACUUCAUGAACGCUUUUUACCAACAUUUCAUUCGCGGUCUGAAAGCUAGUGAAUGCCUCAAUAAAGCCAUGGAGGUGAUGAGAAAUUCCACAAAGUUUUGUGAUCCUCAUUUCUGGGCGCCAUUUAUUCUCAUUGGAGAUGAUGUGACUCUGCCUUCGUAGUAUUUAAAAAACAUGCUAGUGUUCAGCCACCAAGCCGUGUGGCAAGGUGUCUGCUUUACAGAAGUCGCCUGUCACUAAAAGAAAACAUUGAUUAUCAUGACUUCCUGUUCAAGUCAUUGCGAUGUUUGAACAUCUGCUAAUUGGUGUUUGUAUAUAUGUUUUUUGUAUGAUCUCUAGUGAGCUGUACUGACAAAGACACAUUUUAGACAGACUGAUGCAAUAGCAAUACAAUAGAAUAAUAAGUUGCACAAUUGGCAAUCGGCUUUUGUUUUAAGAGUUAGCAAACACUGAAAUUACUCGUCCCGAAAAUUCGAACUGGUGGCUCUUUCUACCACAUAACAAUUUGUUUUUGAAAUUCCAAGUCAAUUUUACAACUGAAUUUUGAGCUACUUCUAGUUAGGGACUUCUGCUCCAACGAUUUCUCUGAAAUUUCUCUGGCAUAUUUAUUAUAUCAAUAAGAGCCGAUACCAGAAAUUUCAGUUAAAAAUAUCACCUUAAUUUUUUACUAGACGCGAUUUUCUUUGAUCAGUAGGGUCCAAGUUUUAAGCGCUAAUUUCGUAAAAAAUAUUUAGCAUCAAUGACUUCGGAAUAUUUUUAACUAUUGCCAAAUGAUAUCUGUUGUUCUUUUCAAAGUUUCGCAGCCAUCGCGUUAUAAACAAGUAUAUGACGGUAAGUUUGUCCGAGCAAAAUGCGCCUAUAUUAAUGACGGAGCCACCUUAGGUGAGCCUAAGCGAAGUAUGUUUCUAAACUAGUGAAGAUAAACGGAGCUUGAGCAUUGCGUAAGUGUCAGAACUAAAUAUAAUCGUUCUUUAAAAUAUACGUUUGGUCAGUAGUCAAAUAAAAGAAAUAGUUGAACAAGAUUUCUAAACUUUUUUUUGUAAAACGUUAAAAGAAGCUUGCAAUUGAGCGUUGCACAAGUUUUAUAUCAGAACUAAAUAGACUUGUGCCGCAAAUUAAACUGUUGGUUGGAGUGAAAUAAAAGAAUUUUGUAGUUGAGUAAAACUCUGCGACAAAGUGUCAAUAAUGUUACCAUGUGAUGCGUUCUUUCUAUCAGCAUUGCAGCAAAAUGCUGUAUUGACACCCACUUUGCUGGUGGGGCUAUUCAGAAAAUAUUGUAUGAUUUAUAAUUGUAAUUGAACUGAGUGGAGUACAGUUUGGUCUGAAAUUAUACGCGUGAUUAUAAAAUCGGACGAGCGCGCAGGGCGAGUUCGAUUUGAAAUCACAAGUAUGAUUUUAGACCAAAAUUGCACGACCCGAUUUACCAUUAUAACUCAUACUGCUGAGAGCCAAUCAGAUUUCAAGGAUCACCAGUGAUUUCAAAAUAUAUGGAUAUAAUAAAACGGUGCAUCACAAGAAAGCCAGACCAGUGACAAGGAGUGGAGGUGGUGCCUUCGUGAGAUUUACGGGGGCGUUUGAAAUGAGUUUAAGGAAUGCAUGAAAUCGUACACUUUACGCUUCUCUCAUUGAGUCCAAUAAAUUGUUUGUCAAACACUACUUCUUGUAGCUGACCCACUCUUCGAUGGUUGUCAUUAAAUUAAUGUUUGUGUCGUGGAAGCAAGGUAUCAUUGUCGUUACUCUUACGUGGAGAUUACUGCAUAGAGGAAAUCUUUGUUUCACGCUAAAAUGCAUCUAACGCCCUUUAAAAUGGGAGAGGCAUGAAGUCGUGGCAUUGGAAUUGAAAAUACGGGCUCAUGAUUGGUUCAUGCCACUGUUAAUGAGAUGCAUCGUGCUCCGUCACAUGUAGAUAAAGGUUAAAAUGAAUUAAGUGGUCAAAUUUGUGUUUACCUAAUUUAAUUCUCAGUGCAUUUUGCCAAAGACUAAGUAAAUGUUCACCUUGAGACAGAUGACAUGACUCGGGCAAAUAACGUGUCUUUUAUGAAAUCGUGUUGGCUUCUCUUCGAGUAUUUUUGUCAGGACCAUUUUCAUUAGAUUCAAGAAAUUCGCUGUCAACCCCAUGAUGUUUAAACCAAACAGGAUCCACGCAGAAUUUCAACUGAAUGAGCCUCCUCUGCUGCCAUUCUGGUUCACUCCUGGGCAGUUCUUAGGAAAUAUUGUGAUCCAAAAAGAUGGUAGCCAUGUACAUUCCUUCCAUUUGGCAGUUCCAAACAACAGAAGCCUCAAUGUGGGUGAGUACAGUCUUGUUCUUACAUUAACUUAGACAGCAUUAAACGAAAUACAGAAUGAAAUACCUUUAAAUACCUUUGAAUUCUGAAAUUUGUAGAGAGACAUUCGUGGCUGUGACGAUGGGCAUUCAAACUUCCAAGUUUUGUCGACAAUGUUGCACAACAUAAUUCCAAGCUCUACAUUUAUGGCGUUUCUCUCUCGUACAAUUCAUAGCCGUUGUUUAACCCCCCAAAUUUUGUGUAGGCAUUGUCUUCAAUUUCUCUUCGGCCGGCGGUGAUACCCAGUUCUGAGGAAAUUGGAAACAACGCUUAUGUAAGGCUCGAAAAUAAAACUUGAUUUCCAGUUUGUCCUUUGGGCAAGUAGCUCUCAUAUUCUGCUUUCCCGGGAUCACUUCCUGAUCAUUUUGUGAAUGAUUUGGUUUGAAGAUGUCUGGCUUGAACCCUUGUAGCCUGCGAACAGCAGACGUAUUUCCGGUCGUCGCUUCUCUUCUUCCGGGAGAGAAGCGACAACCGGAAAUACGUCUGCUGUUCGCAGGCUAGAACGCAUGCCCUUUAGGGAAGUAAGCUUUAAAAGUGCCCAGCAAGAAGAUAGGAUCAAUUUAGGUUUCUGAGAAACUUCCCACCUACCCCUUCCUUAAGUCAAUGUUUUGCCCUAGGUGAGAAGUAAGUGUUAAUAUGUUAUCGUAGGGGAGGGGUAGGUGGGUAGUUUCCCUAAAACCUAAAAUGAUCCAAGAUCUACUUGUCCCGGACUACCGGACGGGACUUUUUUUUAGGGGUGAACGGGGAAUAAGUUGUAUCAUGGGCAAUGCGUAAAUGGUGAAUAUCAUAAUUUGAAUUUAAAAAUUUCAAAUUCAGUUAUAUUCUUGUGUUUACUUCUGUUACAGAUAUGGAAUGGCUGAUUCCUGAAGGGACAAACGAUGAGGACAGAGGUUAGUCUAUAAUCAAUAUUAUAUAAUCUCGACUCUACAAUGUGGAAACCGACACCUGUCAACAAUUGCACAUGUCAAGCAAACCAUAGUUGCUUCUUAUAACGUAUCUGCACCUCAAAAUUCUUUCAAUUUUUCCUUUACUUUCCUUUUCAUGGUAUUUUUUGUUCGCAUGAAACGUUUGUACGACCAGAGACGAAAAGUAAACAAUUAACAAAGCACCAAAAAUAAUAGCCUGAGAAAACAGCCGACACUCGGCGACGCUACCACUGGUUUCCCUGUCAAAUGACGUCUGAGAAACGAGCGCAGAAAUUCCACACUGAUGACGCGCCACUGCCUAGAUCGAGGUAGCGCUUCUGAUUGGUUGAAUGAAACUUCCCGCGCGGCACGACCAAUCAGAAGUACUACCCAGAUCUGGGUAGUGACGCGUCAUCAAUAAGGAAUUUCUGCGCUCGUUUCUUAGACGUCAUUUGGCGGGGAAACCAGCGGUGGCGUCGCCAAAUGUCGGCUGUUUUCUCAGGCUACAAAAAUAAGGUAUUCUGUGGCCUUCAUCCAUCAUCUAAUUACUAUUGGUUCAUUUGUACUUUUGUCAUGUCUUUGUUAGCUGAAGGUGACAAAGAAAGCAGAGAUCAAGGGGGCAACAUGGAGGUAGACAUUGGUUAGUGAAUUACUGCCAGUGAAGCUUUUUCUUUGAAUGUCUCUUUAGAUGUAAAGGAUCGAUCAAAUGCCUUCUUGUUAUGUUCUUGUUAUAUUGUGGAUUUUAACAACUGUACACAGCAGAGCAAGAUGAAUGCGUUUCUCGUGCCAAGCUGUUUUACUUUCCAUAUACUUUGAUAAUUGAAAAAGUUGGACUAACAGUUAAGUGAUUACUGUACAACAUUAUGUGCUUUCCGCUCUCCGUCAAUUUCUUUUUCGUUUUUCCUUAGACGUAAUGUAAUUAAAAUAAAACUAUGAUAGGAAUAAGAAUUAUCUAAUUGUAACUUGCAAUACUUUCCUUCCUUUCCUUUCCUUUCACUUUAUUUUUCUUUUAACUGGUCCGCCUAGAUUAGCAAUUGCUAUUUUGCACGCCAGUCUAUUGUAAUUAAUAUUUUAAUUAAAUAGAGUUGAAGUUUGAAGUUUUUGUUUUUACUAGGAUUUCUACCACAAAUGGAGCUUAAAAGUAGACUGCCGUCCACUUUGAUGAAUGAGCAACAACCAGAUGAGGUCAGUACAGAGUCUGAAAGCGAUGAUAUCAAGUGGGAGACAGAGAUUUCGUUUGAAGACGCUUACAAAGCCCUGGAAGAGCAAUUGUACGGUUUCAAGAAAGUACGCCCCAUUUUAUACCUAUUGUGGUGGUACAAAACAUAUCUAUUGCGCUCUAAGAAAGUUCUUUUAAGCUCCCCCUAUACAUUCAAGUAAUCCCUGGCUGGCUUGUUUUACAACGGCUACAAUCUUGCUGUCUUAUAGAUCUUUAGAAAGCGGCUACCAUUUUGCAGCAAAGGAAAGUAUUUUGCACUUCUUAUAGCUUGCGCCACAAACGAAACUUUACCGUUUGCGAGUCAGCGGUAAAGCAUUUGUUUUGGACACCCACCUGUGUAUUAGGAUUUGAGUAUGCGCCAUGAUUGGCCUGUUAAAAAUGCCAUUGUCGAUUUGCCAAUUAGGUUGAAAGGAAAUUCGGAAUGACUUCCGGUUAUUCAUAGCCUGUUUUGUACAGACGCCCCCUCCCCUCUCCCCAAAUUUUUCUGAGGGAAGCGGGCGUCUGUACACAGGCUAGGUGAUUCAUUAAGUCCGUUGGGGGCCCAGAACAAGGAUCUAACCUGGGUUAAAUUACGUAUACAACGCAGGUAAAAUGUGAUGCCUAGCCGUUUCUAUCGCGCCAGAAUCUAACUUUCCCUUCCCUUUCAAACGCCUGCCACGCAGACUAUGACAUGCCUCGCAGUGAAAUACUUAAAACAAGUUAAGAAGUGUAAAACAAAGCUUUUAACGACACCUUUUGACGCCUAAACAACUUCACAUGAAACAUCAUUGGCUUUGUUUCUAAAGCUUAACCACCAAACUUAACUGCCAGCAUUGCCACAUUGUGUAGGCGUCAUAAGAUAUCCGACCUUUUUAGGGGUGCCAUCUAGCCGCGACCGGGGAUUUGAUAUGGCCGACGGAGAAAAGGGUCGACGGUGACCAAAAACUGGGGAGAGAUUUUCCAUGGGGUCAGGGAUGCGAGGUAAAGUGGUUGCUUUAUUACCCACGAGCAGUUUUUACCUUUGGGCAAUCGACCUCCACAAUCACACGGAAAAAUAGGGGACUUUGACAGCAUAGACUAAUACAGCUGUUUUCACAUUAAUUAUGCUCUGUGCAUAAGUACUUUUUGUAAACUUACUAUUCUUUCCAGGUACCCUAUCUGCAAUUUAGUGACGCUAUGAAUCAAGCUAAAGCUGAAAACAAACUUGUUCAUCACAUUCUGCUGUGGGGAGCUUUAGACGAUCAGUCCUGCUGAGGUAUAGUGACACUUUGCUGAAAAUUAUUGGACGAAUACGAGAAAGCGUAGGUAGUAGACUGUCGACUGUUUCGUCUUAAAAAACGUGUAACAUCUUCCGCGAUUUUCUCCAGCCUUUCACUGCCGCACGUGUGACGUCUGUGCGUCCCUAAGUUUCAGUCUGAGGCUAUGUUCACGGUAUAUGCGGUGUAGUAUGAACACCUAUCCGAUAUGUCACUCUCCACUUUAGAGAUCGGCGCUUCGUAACUUCGCCCUGCUACAGAAAUCGCGCCGAAAUCACCGUUCUUAUGUGUAAACAUAAGCCCUUUCUGGUAUGGUCAGUUUUUUGCCAGCGCAAAAGCUACCCGGUAAAGUGUGAACAUAACCUGACAUUUUGCUACUGACGGCAGUUGUAAAAUAAAAGCAAACAUCUUCCACGGUUGGCUACGAAAAAUUAGCGGUGGGAUUUAAGCCAAUCAGAAAUAGAGAAAUAUUUUGAAUGAAUAAUAUUAUGAUUUAUAUCUUAAUCUACAGUCUUGCUCGUAUCAGCUUGUAUUCGUUGCAGUUUACAGCUGGACUUGAAAGUGACGCUGGUUUUUUUGUCAAACAUAAAUAUGCACAAACUGCUGAAAAAGAAAUAAAUGGUUUUUAAUGAGGGUGAUACAUAACAGCAUGAAAACCUCAUAAGAAAAGCUUCAGCGCAAGGCCGAUGGUGGAAAAAUUUUCAAUGAACUAAAACAUUUUCCGUUUUAGUAGCGAUAUAGCCUCGUCAGAACAUGGCGUUAUUUUCUCUUUUAUUCUGUACUCUAGGUUCAGGGCGGACUCUCCGGGAUGGACCCUUGGAGAGUUCGCCCAUUGUCCGUCUGUUGAGGGAGAAAUUCAUCAGCAGUUGGUCUCUUGUUGCAGAGCUUAAGGUAAAAUAGUUAGCAGUUUGUAACCGAAGUGGGCGCAGCUCUAGUUUUUCGCGCCCUUCCCUUUUCGCGUGUCUCGCCCCUCGUACCCACCUCCCUUUAAUCUUCGAUUUCCAGAAAAAGGCGAUAAUAUACAGCCCGUUCUGCAGGCCAGUGAUGUCCCACUAUCGGUGACACGCAGGGUGUAUCAACAAGUUAACAGCCGGCUCGAAUAACUUCCUUAUCGUUGGAAACCGUCAAAAUAACGCAUGUGAAAUACAGAAUAAUGCCAGGAUGUGUUUGGCACCGUCCGUAUUUUGUGGGACUUCCUGUAGGUGGUUUUAUUGAUGAAGUUGUUGGGGUUUCUUCACCUUCCUCUUUGUCCACUGAUUCCUCUUCUUUACUGAGGAGCCAUGCAGUUUUUCCUCUCUGCAAGCCGGCUGUAAGGAUGCGGAAUGGCUUCCUUCAACUUGUUGCUCGUUGGCUGGCUGCGCAGACGGGUUUAUUUUUAGGUUGCUUCUGGGGGGACGUUUGCAAUGUUUGCUUUGCUCUUGUACUGCAACAUUUCCGCCACGUUUUCUCUUAGCUUUUUUAGGGUAUGUCAGUUCCUCAUCUGACAUUUCAAUCGGCUGCGUACCCAGAGACUUGUUCUAGUGUCUUCUAAUUCAAGUGUGGUAUCGGAAGCAAAAUUUUAAGUAUUAAUUAGUGCUUAUAUUGAUGUGCGUGACUUAAAUUGCUCUUUGAAGCUAGGAAAUAAACUGAAUAUAUCGCUUGACUAACGCCCUGAUUCGUUCCGAGAAAUAGAGGAUAAUACAUGGCCGCGCGGAGAUACGAAAUUUCUCUUCGAGUGUUGAAAAAUAAUUCACGAGUGAGCGCAGCGAAGGAGUGAAAUAUUUUUUCAACACGAUAUUUAUUAUGUAGCCAUAGCAACGGUGACAUUUUCACAUGUGGAGAUAACAUGUUAUUUUCACAUGUGAGGAUACCAAGUUUUCGCGCGAAAUCUCACCUGGUAUUUCAUUAGUGUUUAUAUAAUAAAGGGUGUUAUUUACCCAUCCAAAUCCGUUUUUGAGCUAGCAAAAUCGAUACGAAGAACUGUCCGCAAUAGAGCACGAGGGACGGAUCUCAGCUGAGAACGACACCGGUUUUGGAAUACACACUCGAACAAUAUACUCCACCAAUUAAAAACUUCUCUUCUGAAAGACUGAAUAAAUGAAAGACUUACUUGAGCAGCAGUACGAGCAUCAUUCGAUCGCUUUCGUUUAGUCGCCUGAACCGCCGCUGUAGCAUCUUCUUGCAAAGUGGAAGACGCUAUCUGAGGUUCUUCAUUUUCUGAUGAGUUCACAUAGCUACAUUGUUGGAAUGACUGUCUCGUUGUGGGGCUUUCGAUGAGAGAAGAGACGACAGCAAUUUUUUUUCUUGGACUAUGUGGGAAGCUGGUUUUUGCUGCGUCAAUAGCCCGUUUUCGCGCUGUUCUGGUAGAAAAUGCUUCUCGUACUGCGUUGGGAGAAGGAACAGGAACACUCUAAUAAAUGCCACUAAGAUUUAGGGCGCUUUUCAUUUGUCAGAACUGACCGGCCAGACCCUUCCCUUCAUAAUGAGAAUUUCACUAUUAAUCAAAAAUAUCCAGCUAGAUCAGUCAAAUCCUAAAUAGUGUGCAGGAAGGAGAUGGUUCUUCAGCAAAAACCCUUGGAAAAGCCGAUUUCAUUGUCAAAAUAACUGGUCCGGUAAUGGUCCGGGCCGGCCAGUUCUGACAAAUGGAAAGCGCCCUUAGUAAACAUUACAGUUAUACUAGCUAGUGUCGCAAUUUCAUAAACAGUUGGUUGGAACGUUAAUUCAUAAUGAUGCAAAACGUAUCCUUAUUCAGUCGAAUUUUGGGGUGUAAGCGAACACCGUACACAAGCUUACACAUAGCAGCUCUUAGCCAAUACCUUUGGCGAAUCCAGGCUUCCCUUUGAUGGAGGGGUAAGGUAACUCGGAUACGAGAUAUUAAUUCUUCCUUUUUUGUGUUCUAGAAUAUAGCUGCUAACGCCACCGACGCGGAGAUUAAGACAGCAGCAAAGUCUCAUUUGGAUAGCUAUAGGUAGGUAUUCUAACAGCUUCCAUUCCAUUCACCAUGUUUUUAUUCGUAACUCUCAACCCUCCAUUCAAACGGAUCUAGUGGUCCUACAUUAGCCAAAAAUGUGGAUGGGUUCUCCCUAACAAUUCAGCGCUUAUUCGCGUAAAAAGUGUGUUGGACAAAAUUAGGAGCCCAUAACCCAUAAGUCGUCACCGGCCAAUUUGCGCUAUCCAAGUGUGCGGAUAAGUCUUGGAUCCAAAAACGAUAGCACGAUGCCUGGCAAAAAAGAAACAACAACAACAGCAACAGCAACAACGGUCUAAAAGUUCCAGAUCGGCUAGAAAAAUAUUCUUAUAAUUGCUUGACGAAGUGAGGUCUGGAACAUUUCAGGAUUAAAUAGAUCCGUUCCGAGCAUUUGUGGACUGUUUUACUGAUGGUAAGCAUCGAAAAGUGGUUGAGACCGUUGUCUUUCCUCGAUUAUGGUAGGAAAAUCAGCGCCGUCGUUUUGAAUGUCCGUUUUUUGGCAUGUGUUCUUGGCGAAUUCUUGCCGACAACCUUGACGGGUGCCGUCACAUCGGAACUCGCCGGAGACGACCAGAAACGCGGCUGACGUAACACGUGGGACCAGAUUAUAAAUAUACAGGAAAUUCGAUAAUGUAAUGAAAAAUUCUCUGCAGAAUUCAAGGCAACCGGUUCACUCCAUGCUUUUUUGCAGGUUUCCGGUGGAGUCAUUGGUUUCCCUUCCGAAUGGAACUGUGUUGUCAAAACUAAAUGCGAAUGAUUUAAUGGAAAGCGAAUCAAGUGGAUUAAAGUAAGAUUUAGAGCUCGCCUCAAAAUACUAUACCAUGGUUAUAAGCUAGUUCAAAACGUUACUUUCACGUUUGUUAAUGCUUGCAUUGGCCCACUUCCGAGUUGUCCUCCGCCACUUUAUCAAAGCGAAGCCUGGGGCAAUAUACAAUUGCAAUAUACCAUUUACGUAAAAAUAUGUUUGAUUUGUACUUGGAUGAAAACUCGUCUUCAUAUGAAAAGAAGCUUGAGCUUCAGGACUCAUUUUGAAAAAGAGGCUAAAUAGACAUUCGGAAAUGCCGACCUAUUUUUCUUUCGUCUACAAUUCAUCCUAUCCGAUUUGCUGUAGCUUUGGGAACAUCGUCAUGCUUUCAACUGAAGGUUUUUUGCCUAUAAAAAUGAAAGGUUUAUCACCUCAUACAGUAGUAAUGAUGAAACGUCCGCAUUAGCGAUGUUGGCCUUCUGUGAGACAUGAGAAUCUGCUGGCUGGGUAAGAAACAAUUGCCCGUUGUCCGCAUUGAAGGGUGUCCGUAUUAGACGGGUUGAAUUGAGAGGAAAUGUAUAUAAGGCUCUUCCAGAGAUAAAGAAAAUUGUCCGUAUGACGAGGUGUCCUCUACUGUAACGGUAUUUGCGUUCUUUACUGUCAGCAUCAUUUAUAGCGCAAACGCUAGCGAGGCCGAGAAAAUCACUGAAGCAAAUAACUCCAAUAAAGUUGCACAGCAAUGUAAAGAAUCUCAACUGGCCGGAGGCAAACCAGUUGGUAAUUUAAAGGUGUAGUCGAGAAAUUUGAACUCGGGGAAACCUUGAACACUGAAAUCGAGCCUCCGCUACAAGAGGCAGCCAUUUUCUCCCUUUUCCAAACUUUCUCUUACAUGUAUACUUUUUUUUGUGUUAAGGCCGUUCUUGACUCAUAAUUUUAACUCCUAUUUUCACAGGUUUCCUUCAGAAUUUGACUUUUCGGAUGAUCUCAGUGUUGUGUAUUACAAAUUUCUGGACGAUGGUCUAACCAAAGCCAAAAUGUAUCAAUUAUAGGGAAUUUUCU